UGUUAUCUAAUGAGAUGUAGUGUUACAUAAAUGAUUAUUUUUGUUAUCUAAUGAGAUGCAGUGUCACAGUGUUACAGAAAUGAUACAAUGCAUGUUGUGUGCAUAGAUAGAAUGACAAUAGGAAGAAUCAUAAUUCGACCUAUAAAAAUACCGAAAAAAUAUGAUUCAAACCAUCUAAUUUAUUUAUUAAAUUAUUGAUAACUUAUUCUAAAUUUUUUUAUUUUUUUGGCCAUGUAUCGAUACGGAACCAGGUAUUGAGAAAAACCAAACAACAUUGUGCUUAAAACCAACUUUUAUAAAUACUAGAAUCAACAAAACGAGGUAUUGAGAAAAACUCAGGAUUCGUGUAUCCAAUGACCCACAACGGACUAUAUCCCUAAACUAGAGGCUCCUAAAAUUACCCCUGUAACGCGUUCUACCUGAGGAAUUAAUUAAGCACUAUACUCGCGCGGGAGUAUAAAAUCGUUUGGCUUUUUCCUUUGGGAAAAAAGGGGGGCGGGAAACACAGUGGAAAGACAGAAGGGUCGAUUUAGCGGGAAAAUGAAAACAAAAAUGUAGAGAGAGAAAUAGUGUGCCGAGAGGAGAGUGCGUGUUUUUAGAGAGAGAGAGAAAGAGGUGGGGAGAUAAGGGGUUAGCGGGCAUGGGGAUCCAAGGCCUGCUGAGGGCCAUGAAGCCCUUUACAAAGCCUGUUCAUGUGAGCAAAUACACAGGGCAAAGAGUUGGGAUUGAUGCUUACUCAUGGCUUCACAAAGGAGCUUAUUCGUGUAGCAUGGAGCUAUGUGUAAAUGGAGGGAAGGGGAGUGAACUGCCAUAUUUGCAGUAUUUCAUGCACAGGAUAAAUCUGUUGAGGCAUCACCAUGUCACCCCAGUUGUGGUUUUUGAUGGCGGGAAUCUCACUUUCAAGUCUGCUACUGAAAACCAGCGCCAAAGAAACAGGGAGGCCAAUCUCGUUCUGGCCCAAAAAAGUUUGGAAAAAGGUGAUGUUACCUCUGCCAUUGAGUUCUUCCAGAGAGCAGUGUGUAUCACUCCUUCCAUGGCUCAUCAGUUGAUCCAGAUCUUAAGAGCAGAGAAGGUGGAAUUUGUUGUGGCCCCUUAUGAAGCAGAUGCACAACUUGCUUAUUUAUCGAGUGUGGGGAGUGAUAAAGGAGGUAUAGCUGCUGUCAUCACGGAGGACAGUGAUCUUCUCGCAUAUGGCUGUGAAGCGAUUAUAUUCAAAAUGGACCGGAAUGGUAAUGGUGAAGAGAUAUUGCUAGAUGAAGUUUUCAACUCUACAACUCGUGAAUUUUCCUUGAGGAAUUUUGACAAGCAACUUUUUACUGGUUGUGAUUUCUUGCCUUCAGUUCCUGGCAUUGGAAUAAAACGUGCUCAUGGCUUAGUUUCCAAGUACAGGAACUUAGAUCGGGUUCUUUCCGUGAUAAAGGUUGACAAGAGUGAACAAAUGCCUGAAGGUUAUUGCAAGUCUUUUAGAGAAGCAGUUGCUGUUUUCCAUCAUGCCCGAAUGUAA